AUGGGUUCAAUCCACGAGCCUGUCUGCAACGAAGUCAAUGGAGCGAGUGAAGCAGCUCCUCCAUUACUUUACCAGGCGCAAACCAGACUAAAAGUUAUCGUAGUCGGCGCCGGACUUGGUGGCCUGUCGCUGGCUUAUUUCUUGGGACGAUCCGGACAUACAGUGGAGGUUCUUGAAGCAACCCCGGUAAUCAAAGAGGUUGGUGCAGGAAUAAACUGCACCCCUAAUUUGACUCGACUGUUUGCACGAUGGGGAAUCGAACCAUAUAUCAAACAGGAUACCAUGCCUCUCUGCAGACUCGAACUUCGCCGAUGGGAGAAUGGCGAGUUUCUAGGCGCCGCAACCUGGAUGCCUGAGGUUGAGAAAAGACAUGGGUCACCCCAGUAUGCGGCUCAUCGCGCGGAUAUCCUGAAAGGCAUAACGGAGGGCAUUCACAGACUGCCGAACGUCACGGUAAAGGUGAACAGUAGAGUGAUGAAUAUUGACACGGAAGGCCCUUCAGUAACCUUGAGUGAUGGAUCCACCCUAAAGGCGGAUGUGGUCGUUGGAGCAGAUGGGGUGAAAUCGACAUGUCGAAAGGUUCUUUAUCAGAAGCUCGGCCUGACAGACAGGGCCAGGCCAACCGGAGACGCCGCCUUUCGCGUCAUGAUUCCUCUGCAAAGGAUACAGGAUCAAAAAUUAAUCGAGUUUGUCAAGACCCCCGUUGCAACACGAUGGAUCGGCCCCGGACGUCAUGUUCAAGGCUUCCCUAUACGUGACCACAGCUUGUAUAACAUGGUUCUCUGUCAUCCUGAUACGGUAGGUUCAAUCGAGUCGUGGGAUGCAACGGCGUCCAAACAAGAGAUUAUGGAUCAUUUUGGAGCAUGGGACCCAGAGCGGCUGCGUAAGUUGCUCGAUUUGGUACCAGAUGAAAAUAUCUUGAAGUGGCAGUUAUGCGAUCACGAAAACCUACCUACCUGGACAAUGGGCAAGUUGGCUCUGCUGGGGGAUGCUUGCCAUCCGAUGUUGCCAUACGUCGCUCAAGGGGCUGCUCAGGCCGUAGAAGAUGCCGGGGUCUUAUGUCUCGCUUUGAACAACGUCGGCUCCAAACACAGUAUCCCCACCAUGCUCAAGGCAUACGAACUGUCCAGGAAAGGACGGGCGGAAGGGAUUGCUGACAACGCUGCGACAACUCGUACCGUUCUGCAUUACGAAGAUGGACCAGAGCAACAGGAUCGAGACAACAGGUUCCGGGCGAUCGCUCGAGGUGGCGAAAAUCCAGAUCUGCUAGGAGACCAAAACCAUCAGGCACUUCUCUGGGGUCAUGACCCAGAGAAGGACUUUAUGGAUCAUCUGGAAGGUAAAGUCCGCUGA